ACUAAGAUGCACUUUUUUAUUUAACGCUAUUCAUUCUCUUAUCUCUACAAUCACCAAACAACCCAUUCUCUCUUUAAAUUCUCCUUUUAACUUCCAUUGUUCUUAAUCUUCCAAUUAGCUUCUACCAAAACUACCUGCAAAACACAAAUUCUCCUCAUCAAUGGCCGCUGCUUUUUCUUCGUCUCUGUGGCAAACUCAAUCAAAUAUCUCAAUUCUUCUUCCUCCUUCAAAUUCUCUUGCCGUUAAAUUCGGCUGCAGUUACCCUAACUUCCGUCCCAGGAAACUCUGUAAUGUUUCGGUGAAUUGUUGCUUGAAUUUUCCGUUAGAGCCUCAAUCAUCGGUAGGAAAAUCGCUGAACAGUAUUCUGCAGAAUCAACGGACGUGUUUCUACGACGCCGUUUCAAUGGAGUUGAAUCAAGUUGUAGAAGAUCGUGAGGCCGCUUUUGCUCGUUUUAAUCUCAGUUUGGGCUCUGAUGAAGCUUCCCUUCAUAGGAGGAUUGCGAAACUGAAAGAAGCAGAGUCCCAACUUGCCGUUGAAGAUGCAUUGUACAUGAUUAUCCUGUACAACUUCUCUAAUAUUAGAGUACCUCUUGUUCCUACUCUCUCAAAAUGCCUCUACAAAGGCAGACUAGAGAUUCUACCCUCGAAAGACUAUGAGCUAGAAUCUAUUCAUAGCUCGGAGGUCUUGGAGAUGGUUAAGGAACAUCUUGGUACUGCCGUUGGGUGGAAAGCAGGUUCCAGUGUUUCUGUCAACUGGUCCCCGACAAAUAUUCGAAGACAUCAUCUUAGCCAAGUUUAUGCUGCGUCAAUCUUAUACGGCUAUUUCUUGAAAUCUGCUUCUCGGAGACUUUGUUUAGAGCACAAUGUACCAUCAACAACCUUCCAGAAUUUUCCUUUUGGCAGUUGGACUUCACUUAUUGAACGCGCAUCCUGUGGCUUCGAGAAUGUCACUCUUGGUCCCACAACCAGCUCGAGAUCCACAGCAAUGAGCCAAGUUACAAAAAAACCGAGGAAUAAAGAGGCGAAUUUAAAAUGCUACGUGAUGGGUUUUGACGUGCAGACUAUGGAGCAAUGUGCAAAGCUAAGAUCAAAAGAGGCUGUUGAGCUCAUUGACAAGCAUUGUUCAGCACUUUUCGGAGACGACAAUGUUGAAAGCAAUGAUUUGAUCUUAACUUCUUUGUCAAGCUUAAAAAGAUUGGUUUUGGAGGCUGUUGCUUUUGGGUGCUUCUUAUGGGAGGCUGAAGAGUAUGUCAGCCGUAUAUAUGAACUCAAGAAUUGAUUCCGAAGCAAAUGUUUUGUAAAUACGGAAGCUCUUCGACUUUUAGUUCUAAGCUCAAUAUUAUGAAUAGGCAUACAACAGCACGAUGCUGCUACGUUUUUCCUGUCUGCUUCAGAGAUGUAUAUAUUAUGACAUUAUUAUCAUAUUUAUAGUUGAGUUUAUUCUCAGUCAUUUUAUUGAGAA